AGCACGCCAUUCCCAAAGGCAAACGACAACAUACAUUCUUGCGAUUGUUGGAAUUCCUGCAAUUAGGGUUAGGGAUUUCUGCACUGUGGAGUUCAUAUUCCCUCCGUUGGACUCAAAAUUCGCUAAAUUCUGCCGAUUACUUUAACCUGAUUUCGGAAUUCCUUUGGUUCAUUGAUCGAUGGAUCUAGAAACGGAGAAUAGAAUAGCCGCCAUUCUUAUGAAAGAAGCAGCGGAAUUGCGGCGGCAAGCUGAGAAGGAAGGUGUGCACGUUUAUCUUCAGCAACCUAAAGCUAGGGUUCGCCCUAAUAAACAGUUUCUAACAGCUACUGUUCUCGGUGUUCAACAAUCUAAUCGAGCUGUGGAAACAAAUGAGAUGUGGCGUAUCCGGCAAAAAGAGCUAGAAUUGGAUGAUAGACUUAAACACAAGUCAAAGGACCAGAAAAGCAAUGGCCAGAGCUACAGAGAUUGUAACUCCCUAGAUAGAACAAGUAAAAGGCAUGUUGUAGCUGAUGACAACGCAGAUGCUUCAUGCUCCUGUGGCAAAGGCUUCUAUGAUGAUUUCCAUUCGAGAAAAGAUGACGGUUUGAAGGAUGAAGAACUUGAAGAAUUUUUGCAUUCAAGGACUAAGCGUGGCCGAGGUGCUGUUGGAUCAAGGAUGGAUGAAACUGGCCCUUACCUUCCUCGUUUCUCAGACUCCAAGGAGGAGUCGAGAAGCUCAGAUGUAAUAGAACGCCAUGUUGUUUAUGGUCCCCAGAAGCCUUCUUCUCUGAAGCUCAAUGAAUCUUCCGAAGAAGAGAAUGAUGAGAGGAGAAAAAAGAAGCGAAAGAAGGAUCGUUCUAGGUGCUCAAAGAAGCAGCAUUCUGAGAAGCAUAGAUCCAAGGGUAAAUCGGAUGAUAAGGGAAAGAGGAAAAAGGAUGAGAAAAGAAGUAAACACAACCAUUAGCAGCCCACGCACUUCGUACCACACUGUUCUAGUGCAAAAGACUAACUGGUGUUAUCAUCAUUUGGAUUUUAAUCCUAGAAUGUAUAGGCGUAUUUAUGACAGUUCGAAGCUGAAGAACAAUGGCUUGGACACUGUUGUAACAUUUUGUAUUUCCAGUUUGUUUUGUCCGCUCCUGUUCUUAAAAAAUUCAGCUUGCUGUAAAAGGGAUGGAUACCGGGCACUUAAUUAUUUUUUUUUUUUUACAACAAUAUUUGAUGAUAAAUUGCGAUUAAGAUUGUGAAGAAUUUCUUAUUUAUUACAGAAGAAAUAUAUGUAUUGUAUUGUCCU